AUGUCAAGAUUCAUACUCACUGAGAGUAGUCGUUUAAAUGUUGACACUUUGAUUCGUAUGGCAUUGAAAGCAUUGAGAAGGUUCGGUAGCUGCGAACAGCUCUGGAAAUCUGUAUCGGCCGAGGAUGAACUACAAUGGCUAAAGUCGGCGUUCGCGAGAUAUUAUACAAUGGAUGAUAUGAGCCGGAUAAUCGUCGGGCUCAAAGCUUUUCGGUAG